AUAUAUGACACUGACUGUACGAAUGAUCUCUGCACCAACUGCUGUGGCCAGCGCACCUGUGCGGAGGAACUGCCACAGUGCGCCGCGGGAUUCACUAGCAGCGGCGAAGUGAACUGUACCAGCAACGACUGUUCAAACUGUUGUGAUCAGCUGCCGUGCGGUAGUAAGGUGUGUGCGGCGGGACAGAACGACACGUUGGACGAGUUCUGCGAUGACAACUUUUGCUCGAACUGUUGUGCUCAGCGCAAGUGCGACGAGGUCAAGCCCUGUCCCGUUGGGUUCCUGGACACCCAGACAGAGGACUGUACCACGGACACCUGUAGCAACUGCUGUAAACCGGACAACUGUAUAGAUCACGCAUGUGCGCCAGGCUUUGAGCGCACCGACGCAACGCUAUGUACGGAUGACACGUGCUCGGGCUGUUGCAGUCAGAAGACUUGUGACGUCAACGGGGUGUGUGAGGACUACGAGGUUGCCACCGGAGAUACGAUGACUGCGCCAAUUGCUGUGUUCAGCGAUUCUGUAGUAGUGUCCGAUGCGAUAGCACAGCACACCCUAGCAAUGACACCGAGUGCACAGAUGAUAGCUACACGAAUUGGACAGGUCGCGAGCAACGAAGAGUUUUGUUCCAACGGCGAUUGCUCUGGGUGCUGUGAGCAGCUGACGUGUGCGGAUGAUGCCCCGGCCUGUACUGAUAGUCAGAGACCAGGGCUCCUUCCUUAUUGUACGGACAACCUCUGCACCAACUACUGCGACGACCUUGUCUGCCAGGAUGAGCGCCCAUGUUUGGCCGGAGAAGUCGUAUCCGACUCUGAUCCCGAGCUGCUGUGCACUGAUAGCACCUGCGACAACUGCUGCACGCAGCUCAAGUGCGACUUUGAGUGUGGCGAUGCUUUUGAGAAGGUGUCUACCGCAGACACGGACUGUGUGGACAACGAGUGCUCCAACUGCUGCCGACAGUUGACGUGUGACGAGGAUAUUGUGUGUGACGGGGGCCAAGUGGAACUCGGCGAUCAGGUCGACUGUGUCGAUGCGGUAUGUAGUAAAUGCUGUUUGCAGUUGGUGUGCGAGGACAUCAAAUGCGAACAAUUUGGCGCCGGGAUCAUCGAGAACUUCAACGACCCUGACUGUCAAGAUAUCAACUGCCACAGAUGCUGUUCGUUCAAGACAUGCGAUACUUAUAGCAGUUGCCUAACAACGGAGAAGCGCACCGAUUCGACGGAGUGCGUGUCCACAGGGUGCGAAGUGUGCUGUGAGACCAAGACUUGUAGUGCAGAUAACGUGUGUGACAGCACUAAGGGAGAGUUUGACGCGGCUGGCCAGGUGCACUGCACCGAUGCGAACUGUACCAACUGCUGAGAGGUGCUGGAGUGCGAUGAUUUCUCUACCUGCGCCCCCGGCAAAAAUUUCACCAAUGAGGAGUUCUGUGACAACAGAUUGUGCACAAAUUGCUGUGAGCAACUGAAAUGCCCGGCCACAUGCCCAGGUGUCACAAUACCAAGCGGCAACACGGACUGUUUCGAUAACGCCU